AUGGCCGCAAACAUUGCAGACACCGCCGAAUCGGCCCCCUUUAUCGUCCCGGACGAAAAACGAUAUUUCCGCGAACUGAUGGAAAUCUCGGACAUUCGAAGAAAGCUCGAACAUCUCAACCUCUUUAUUCAGUCCGAAGAAUCCACAACCAAUAACAACUACAGCAGCGGUAUCCCGGACUCCGCAUUCGCAAACCCGGCAUUUAACAAUGCUGCUGCAUCGUCAGAUUCGAUUGCUUCUUCGAUAAAUAACCUCACGUUACACGAGAAAAAGGAGUUGAAAGCGGACUUGGAUUUGAGGUUAAGUCAGUUGUUGACUAUUGUAACAAAGGAUAAGAAGAAUCCGGCGGUCAUUGAGGAGGAACAGUUGGCGAGGGAGAUCGAAGCUCAAAGAAAAGAAGAUGAAGAGUUAGACCGACAAUAUCAUAGAGGGAUGAAGUGGACGAUUGGGAUUGCCAUUGGGUUUGGGUUGAUGUGCAUUAUGAUCCCGGCCACUGCCUUGCUGUUAGUACAGAAAGGAGUUAUUUGA